CUUCCUCAGAGGCUGCCCCGGGGACUCCCCCAGACCAUGGGUGUCGGCCGGAGGCAGCUGGCCCGGCUCUGGGCCCUGGCGCUCACUCUGGCCUGCGCCCAGCGCUCAGGCCAGGCCGGGGACAGCUCUGCAGACCUCGGCCGUGAGAGCCCAGACCCGCCUCCUGCUCUCCAGGGGCCCGGUGGUGACCUCCUCCGCAAGGUGACCGUCCACCCGCCUCUGAGGACCACCCCCGUGGUGCGAGCCCUGAACGCGGCGCACGGCGGCCAGGUGUGCAGCACCUGGGGAGACUUCCACUACAAGACCUUCGACGGCGACGUCUUCCGCUUCCCGGGCCUGUGCAACUACGUCUUCUCGGCGCACUGCGGCGCCGCCUAUGAGGACUUCAACAUCCAGCUGCGCCGUGGCCCGGCGCCGAACGCCACCGCGCCCAGCAGGGUCACCAUGAAGCUGGACGGCAUGGUCGUCGAGCUGACCAAGAGCUCCGUCCUGGUCAAUGGCCGCACAAUUCAGCUGCCCUUCAGCCAGUCCGGGGUCCUCGUCGAGCAGAGCAGCAGCUACGUGAAGGUGGUGGCCCGGCUGGGGCUGGUCUUCUUGUGGAACCAGGACGACAGUCUCUUGUUGGAGCUCGAUGCCAAAUACGCCAACAAGACCUGCGGGCUCUGCGGGGACUUCAACGGCAUCCCUGUCUUCAACGAGUUCCUCUCCCACGAUGUCAGGCUGAGCCCUAUCGAGUUUGGGAACCUGCAGAAGAUGGACGGCCCCAUGGAGCAGUGUCAGGACCCCGUCCCUGAGUCCCCCGUGAACUGCUCGACCAGCUCCGGCAUCUGCAAGGAGAUGCUCAGCGAGCUGUUCCCAGGCUGUGCCGCCCUGGUGGAUGCCAGCAGCUACCUGAACGCCUGUCAGCAUGAUCUCUGCCGCUGCCAGCAGGCCAACCUGACCAGCUGUCUCUGCCACACCCUCGCCGAGUACUCCCGCCAAUGCGCCCACGCCGGGGGGCAGCCCCUGGACUGGCGGGGCCCCCACCUCUGCCCCCAGACAUGCCCCCAGAACACGGAGUAUCGUGAGUGCGGCUCGCCCUGCGCAGACACCUGCUCCAACCUGGAGCACUCCCAGCUCUGCGAGGACCACUGCGUCGCCGGCUGCUUCUGCCCCAAGGGGAUGGUGCUCGAUGACGUCGGCCACACCGGCUGCAUCUCGGUGUCAGAGUGCUCCUGUGUGUACAACGGGGUGACCUACGCCCCGGGGACUGGCUACUCCACGGACUGCAGCAGCUGCACCUGCUCUGGAGGCCGGUGGAGCUGCCAGGAGGUGCCAUGUCCAGGCACCUGCUCGGUGCUGGGCGGCGCCCACUUCUCCACGUUCGACGAGAGGGAGUACACGGUGCAUGGGGACUGCAGCUAUGUGCUGGCCAAGCCCUGUAACAGCAGCGCCUUCACCGUGCUGGCCGAGCUGCGCAGGUGCGGGCUGACGGACAGCGAGACCUGCCUGAAGAGCCUGACUCUCAGCUUGGCCGGGGGGCAGACGGUCAUCGUGGUCAAGGCCAGCGGGGAGGUGUUUGUGAACCAGAUCUAUACUCAGCUGCCCGUCUCCACAGCCAACGUCAUGCUCUUCAGACCUUCCACCUUCUUCAUCAUCGCCCAGACCCAGCUGGGCCUGCAGCUGGACGUCCAGCUGGUGCCCGUUAUGCAGGUGUUCGUGAGGCUGGCACCCCAGCUCCGGGGGCACACCUGCGGCCUGUGUGGGAAUUUCAACAGCAUCCAGGCAGACGACUUCCGGACCAUCAGCGGCCUGGUGGAGGGCACGGCCGCCGCCUUCGCCAACACCUGGAAGACCCAGGCCGCCUGCCCCAACAUCAAGAACAACUUCGAGGACCCCUGCUCCCUCAGCGUGGAGAACGAGAAGUAUGCUCAGCACUGGUGCUCGCGGCUGACCGACACCCACGGCCCCUUCGCCAGGUGCCACGCGGCUGUGAACCCCAGCACCUACUACUCGAACUGCAUGUUCGACACGUGCAACUGUGAGAAGAGCGAGGACUGCAUGUGUGCGGCCCUGUCCUCCUACGUGCGGGCCUGUGCCGCCCGGGGCGUGCUGCUCAGCGGCUGGCGGGACGGCGUGUGCACAACGCCCACGGCCACCUGCCCCAAGUCGCUGACCUACCGCUACCACAUCAGCACCUGCCAGGCCACCUGCCGGGCCCGCAGUGAUGAGGGGGACGCCACCUGCAGUGUCAGCUUCGUCCCCGUGGACGGCUGCACCUGCUCCAAUGACACUUUCCUGGAUGACACUGGCAAGUGUGUGCCGGCCACCAGCUGUCCCUGCUACUACCGGGGCUCCGUGGUGCCCAACGGGGAGUCACUGCACGACGGAGGGGCUGUCUGCACCUGCACCCAGGGCACACUGGCCUGCAUCGGAGGCCACGACCCCACUCCAGUCUGUGUUCCGCCCAUGGUCUACUUUGACUGUCGCAAUGCCACGCCCGGGGCCACUGGGGCCGGCUGUCAGAAGAGCUGUCACACCCUGGACAUGGACUGUUACAGCUCUCAGUGCGUGCCCGGCUGCGUGUGUCCAAGCGGGCUGGUGGCCAGCGGCGAAGGCGGCUGUAUCCCCGCGUCCGACUGCCCCUGUGUGCACAAUGAGGCCAGCUACCCGGCCGGCCAGACCAUCCGCGUGGGCUGCAACACCUGCACCUGUAAGAACAGGACGUGGCAGUGCACGGACCAGCCCUGCCUGGCCACCUGUGCUGUCUACGGGGACGGCCACUACCUCACCUUCGACGGGCAGCGCUACAGCUUCAGCGGGGACUGCGAGUACACGCUGGUUCAGGACCACUGCAGCGGGAACGGCAGCGCCCAGGAUGGCUUCCGUGUCAUCACCGAGAACAUCCCCUGCGGCACCACAGGGACCACCUGCUCCAAGGCCAUCAAGCUCUUCCUGGGGAGCGACGAGCUGAAGCUGAGCGACGGCAAAGUGGAGGUGAUUGAGACGGACCCCGGGCAGCCGCCGCCCUUCGCCAUCCGCCAGAUGGGCAUCUACCUGGUUGUGGACACGGACGCCGGCCUGGUGCUGCUGUGGGACAAGAAAACCAGCAUCUUCCUCACACUCAGUCCGGAGUUCAAGGGGAGGGUCUGCGGGCUGUGCGGGAACUUCGACGGCAACGCCCUCAACGACUUCACCACGCGGAGCCAGUCCGUGGUGGGCGACGUGCUGGAGUUCGGCAACAGCUGGAAAUUCUCCCCGUCCUGCCCGGACGCCCGGGCCCCCAAGGACCCCUGCACGGCCAACCCGUACCGCAAGUCCUGGGCCCAGAAGCAGUGCAGCAUCAUCAACAGCGCCACCUUCAGCGCCUGCCGCGCCCACGUGGAGCCGGCCAGGUACUACGAGGCCUGCGUGAGCGACGCCUGCGCCUGCGACACAGGGGGCGACUGCGAGUGUUUCUGCACGGCCGUGGCUGCCUACGCCCAGGCCUGCCACGAAGUGGGCGUGUGCGUGUCCUGGCGGACCCCGGACAUCUGCCCCCUGUUCUGUGACUACUACAACCCCCAGGGCCAGUGCGAGUGGCACUACCUACCCUGCGGGGCACCCUGCAUGAGGACCUGCCGGAACCCCCGCGGCCAGUGCCUGCAUGACAUCCAGGGCCUGGAAGGCUGCUACCCCAAGUGCCCGCCAGAGGCCCCCAUCUUUGACGAGGACCAGAUGCACUGUGUGACCUCCUGCCCGACCCCGCCCCCACCAGCGCCCUGCCGUGUCCAGGGCAAGACCUACCGGCCGGGCUCCACCGUGCCCUCAGACGAGAACUGCCACUCCUGUGUGUGCACCGUGAGCGGCGUGCAGUGCACCUACGACCCUGACGCCUGUGUCUGCACCUACGACGGGCGGCGCUUCCGGCCGGGGGAAGUUAUCUACCACACAAGCGACGGCACGGGGGGCUGCAUCUCCGCCCGCUGUGGGGCCAACGGCACCAUCGACAGGGGCGUCUCCGCCUGCAGCCCUGCCACCCCCACCCCCCAAACCACCUUCGUGUUCUCCACGUCCCCGCUCGUUGUCAGCUCCACGCUUCCGCCCAGCACGCGCCCCAGCCCUGCCACGAGCUCGACACACACGCCAAGCAGGGCCUCGCUCACCACCCCAGGCACACCCCCCGGACCCACACCCCACUGUGGGGAGGAGUGCCUGUGGUCGCCAUGGCUGGAUGUCAGCCGUCCGGGACUGGGCAUAGACAGCGGUGACUUCGACACGCUGGAAAACCUCCGUGCCCAUGGGUACCGGGUCUGCCGUGCGCCCAGCGCCGUGGAGUGCCAAGCUGAGGAUGCCCCGGGGGUGCCCCUCCGAGCCCUGGGCCAGCGCGUGGAGUGCAGCCCGACGGUGGGGCUGAUCUGUUACAACAGGGACCAGCCCUCGGGGCACUGCGACAACUAUCAGAUCAGGAUCCUGUGCUGCUCACCCAGGGCCUGCCCUCCAGGCAGCACAGCGACCUCUCCCCCUCCAGCCUUCAACACAACUGAAACCGGGCCCACGCCAGGAACCAGCGGGUUCACCUCUGUGCUGACGGGGAGCACAGCUUCCUCAGUCCCUGUCACCAUGACUGGCCCAACCACUGUCCCUACAACGAGCAUAACACCUGGCCCGGGUACCCCUACACCCAUCUCAGGUACCUCUACACCUGGCCCAGGUAGCCCUACACCUGCCCCAGGUAGCCCUACACCUGCCCCAGGUACCUCUACCUCUGGCCCAGGAACACCUACACCUGGCCCAGGUACCCCUACACCUGCCCCAGGUACCUCUACCUCUGGCCCAGGAACCCCUACACCUGCCCCAGGCACCCCUACACCUGUCCCAGGUAGCCCUACACCUGGCCCAGGUACCCCUACACCUGCCCCAGGUACCUCUACCUCUGGCCCAGGAACCCCUACACCUGCCCCAGGUACCUCUACCUCUGGCCCAGGAACCCCUACACCUGGCCCAGGUACCCCUACACCUGCCCCAGGUAGCCCUACACCUACCACAGGUACCUCUACCUCUGGCCCAGGUACCUCUACCUCUGGCCCAGGAACCCCUACACCUGCCCCAGGUACCUCUACCUCUGGCCCAGGAACCCCUACACCUGCCCCAGGUACCUCUACCUCUGGCCCAGGAACACCUACACCUGGCCCAGGUACCCCUACACCUGCCCCAGGUACCUCUACCUCUGGCCCAGGAACCCCUACACCUGGCCCAGGCACCCCUACACCUGUCCCAGGUAGCCCUACACCUGGCCCAGGUACCCCUACACCUGCCCCAGGUACCUCUACCUCUGGCCCAGGAACCCCUACACCUGCCCCAGGUACCUCUACCUCUGGCCCAGGUACCCCUACACCUGGCCCAGGUACCCCUACACCUGCCCCAGGUAGCCCUACACCUACCCCAAGUAUCUCUACCUCUGGCCCAGGUACCUCUACCUCUGGCCCAGGAACCCCUACACCUGCCGCAGGUGCCUCUACCUCUGGCCCAGGUUCCCUUACACCUGUCCCAGGUACUUCCACAACUGUGAAAACAACCAUCUGGACUCCCAGCACGACAGCAGUUUCAACAACAACCUCUGUGGUCCCAAGUAAGCCCACCUCACACGAGCCCAGCCCAGUCACCUGUUUACAAGAAUCCUGCACGUGGACCAAGUGGAUUGACGGCAGCUACCCCGGACCAGACAGAAACAGUGGCGAUUUUGAUACUUUUCAGAAUCUGAGAGCCAAGGGAUACAGAUUCUGUGCCAAGCCCGUGAACGUGGAAUGCCGGGCCGAGAGCUUCCCUGAUACCCCGCUGCAGGCCCUAGGGCAGGACGUGAUCUGUGACAAAACCGUGGGGCUGGUUUGCCUGAACAAAGACCAGCUGCCCCCCAUCUGCUACAACUACGAAAUACGGAUCCUGUGCUGCGAGAUGGUAGACACGUGCCUGAGAAGUACAACAGAGCCUUUCACACCUGAGAGCACACGACAGAGCAGCAGUGCCUGGACCCCAGGGGUGGUGUCGCCUUCCACACAGCACAGCACUGCCACCUCAGGACACACACCCACAGCCUCCAGCAUCACAUCUAGCUGGCACGGGCCAACACCACCCAGCCUCACGCCAUGUCGGCCCCAGUGCUCCUGGUCCAAGUGGUUUGACGUGGACUUCCCGUCCCCCGGGCCCCACGGAGGAGACUUUGAGACCUACAGCAAUAUCCUCCGAAGCGGAGAAAAGAUCUGCCGGCAACCUGAGUACAUCAGCGACCUGCAGUGCCGAGCCCAGAACCACCCCGAGGUCAGCAUCCAGAAGCUGGGCCAGGUGGUGGAGUGCAGGCCGGAGGUGGGCCUGGUGUGCAGGAACCAGGACCAGGGGGGCAAGUUCAGGAUCUGCCUCAACUAUGAGGUGCGUGUGCUCUGCUGUGAGCCCAAGAAAGACUGCCCUGUCAGCCCGAUCACACUUCCCACCACCACCAGCGUGAGGGUCACCAGCCCCCCUGAGACCAGCUCCCAUGGGGCCACGAGCAGCACCACCUCUGUGCAGCCAAGCAGUUCCAGCUCACCUCCAAUAUCCAGCACCACCUCUGUGCAGUCAAGCAGCUCCAGCUCAGCGCCAACCACCAGUGCAACCUCUGUGCAGCCAAGCAGCUCAGGCUCUGCUCCAACCACCAGUGCAACCUCUGUGCAGUCCAGCAGCUCCAGCUCACCUCCAAUAUCCAGCACCAUCUCUGUGCAGACAAGCAGCUCCAGCUCAGCUCCAACCACCAGUGCAACCUCUGUGCAGACAAGCAGCUCCAGCUCAACGCCAAUACCCAGCACCACCUCGGUGCAGCCAAGCAGCUCCAGCUCAUCACCAACCACCAGUACCACCUCUGUGCAGUCAAGCAGCUCCAGCUCAGCUCCAAUACCCAGUACCACCUCUGUGCAGCCAAGCAGCUCAGGCUCUGCUCCAACCACCAGUGCAACCUCUGUGCAGACAAGCAGCUCCAGCUCACCUCCAAUAUCCAGCACCAUCUCUGUGCAGACAAGCAGCUCCAGCUCAGUGCCCACCACCAGCACCACCUCUGUGCAGCCAAGCAGCUCCAGCUCAGCUCCAACCACCAGUGCAACCUCUGUGCAGACAAGCAGCUCCAGCUCAGCGCCCACCACCAGUGCAACCUCGACCUCUGUUCCUGGGUCCACCUCUUCCUCACGCAGCCCCACGCCGUGUCGGCCCCAGUGCUCCUGGUCCAAGUGGUUCGACGUGGACUUCCCGUCCCCCGGGCCCCACGGAGGAGACUUUGAGACCUACAGCAAUAUCCUCCGAAGCGGAGAAAAGAUCUGCCGGCAACCUGAGUACAUCAGCGACCUGCAGUGCCGAGCCCAGAACCACCCCGAGGUCAGCAUCCAGAAGCUGGGCCAGGUGGUGGAGUGCAGGCCGGUGGGCCUGGUGUGCAGGAACCAGGCAGGGGGCAAGUUCAGGAUCUGCCUCAACUAUGAGGUGCGUGUGCUCUGCUGUGAGCCCAAGAAAGACUGCCCUGUCAGCCCGAUCACACUUCCCACCACCACCAGCGUGAGGGUCACCAGCCCCCCUGAGACCAGCUCCCAUGGGGCCACGAGCAGCACCACCUCUGUGCAGCCAAGCAGCUCCAGCUCAGCUCCAACCACCAGUGCAACCUCUGUGAGGUCAAGCAGCUCCAGCUCAGCUCCAAUACCCAGUACCACCUCUGUGCAGCCAAGCAGCUCCAGCUCACCUCCAAUAUCCAGCACCAUCUCUGUGCAGCCAAGCAGCUCCAGCUCAGUGCCCACCACCAGCACCACCUCUGUGCAGCCAAGCAGCUCCAGCUCGGUGCCAACCACCAGUGCAACCUCUGUGAGGUCAAGCAGCUUCAGCUCAACGGCAAUACCCAGCACCACCUCGGUGCAGCCAAGCAGCUCCAGCUCAUCACCAACCACCAGUACCACCUCUGUGCAGCCAAGGAGCUCAGGCUCUGCUCCAACCACCAGUGCAACCUCUGUGCAGUCAAGCAGCUCCAGCUCACCUCCAAUAUCCAGCACCAUCUCUGUCCAGCCAAGCAGCUCCAGCUCGGUGCCAACCACCAGUGCAACCUCUGUGCAGCCAAGCAGCUCCAGCUCACCUCCAAUAUCCAGCACCAUCUCUGUGCAGACAAGCAGCUCCAGCUCAGUGCCCACCACCAGCACCACCUCUGUGCAGCCAAGCAGCUCCAGCUCAGCUCCAACCACCAGUGCAACCUCUGUGCACACAAGCAGCUCCAGCUCAGCGCCCACCACCAGUGCAACCUCGACCUCUGUUCCUGGGUCCACCUCUUCCUCACGCAGCCCCACGCCGUGUCAGCCCCAGUGCUCCUGGUCCAAGUGGUUCGACGUGGACUUCCCGUCCCCCGGGCCCCACGGAGGAGACUUUGAGACCUACAGCAAUAUCCUCCGAAGCGGAGAAAAGAUCUGCCGGCAACCUGAGUACAUCAGCGACCUGCAGUGCCGAGCCCAGAACCACCCCGAGGUCAGCAUCCAGAAGCUGGGCCAGGUGGUGGAGUGCAGGCCGGAGGUGGGCCUGGUGUGCAGGAACCAGGACCGGGGCAAGUUCAGGAUCUGCCUCAACUAUGAGGUGCGUGUGCUCUGCUGUGAGCCCAAGAAAGACUGCCCUGUCAGCCCGAUCACACUUCCCACCACCACCAGCGUGAGGGUCACCAGCCCCCCUGAGACCAGCUCCCAUGGGGCCACGAGCAGCACCACCUCUGUGCAGCCAAGCAGCUCCAGCUCGGCUCCAACCACCAGUGCAACCUCUGUGCAGCCAAGCAGCUCAGGCUCAGCUCCAAUAUCCAGCACCACCUCUGUGCAGCCAAGCAGCUCCAGCUCAGCGCCAACCACUAGGGCAACCUCUGUGCAGUCAAGCAGCUCGAGCUCAGCUCCAAUAUCCAGUACCACCUCUGUGCAGCCAAGCAGCUCAGGCUCUGUUCCAACCACCAGUGCAACCUCUGUGCAGUCAAGCAGCUCCAGCUCAGCUCCAACCACCAGUGCAACCUCUGUGAGGUCAAGCAGCUCCAGCUCAACGCCAAUACCCAGCACCAUCUCUGUCCAGCCAAGCAGCUCCAGCUCUGCUCCAACCACCAGUGCAACCUCUGUGCAGCCAAGCAGCUCAAGCUCACCUCCAAUAUCCAGCACCGUCUCUGUCCAGCCAAGCAGCUCCAGCUCUGCUCCAACCACCAGUGCAACCUCUGUGCAGCCAAGCAGCUCAAGCUCACCUCCAAUACCCAGCACCAUCUCUGUCCAGCCAAGCAGCUCCAGCUCUGCUCCAACCACCAGUGCAACCUCUGUGCAGCCAAGCAGCUCAAGCUCACCUCCAAUAUCCAGCACCGUCUCUGUGCAGACAAGCAGCUCCAGCUCAGUGCCCACCACCAGCACCACCUCUGUGCAGCCAAGCAGCUCCAGCUCGGUGCCAACCACCAGUGCAACCUCUGUGAGGUCAAGCAGCUCCAGCUCAACGCCAAUACCCAGCACCACCUCGGUGCAGCCAAGCAGCUCCAGCUCGGCUCCAACCACCAGUGCAACCUCUGUGCAGCCAAGCAGCUCCAGCUCAACGCCAAUACCCAGCACCACCUCUGUCCAGCCAAGCAGCUCCAGCUCUGCUCCAACCACCAGUGCAACCUCUGUGCAGCCAAGCAGCUCCAGCUCACCUCCAAUAUCCAGCACCAUCUCUGUCCAGCCAAGCAGCUCCAGCUCAUCACCAACCACCAGUACAACCUCUGUGCAGCCAAGCAGCUCAGGCUCUGCUCCAACCACCAGUGCAACCUCUGUGCAGCCAAGCAGCUCCAGCUCACCUCCAAUAUCCAGCACCAUCUCUGUCCAGCCAAGCAGCUCCAGCUCAUCACCAACCACCAGUACAACCUCUGUGCAGCCAAGCAGCUCAGGCUCUGCUCCAACCACCAGUGCAACCUCUGUGCACACAAGCAGCUCCAGCUCAGCGCCCACCACCAGUGCAACCUCGACCUCUGUUCCUGGGUCCACCUCUUCCUCACGCAGCCCCACGCCGUGUCAGCCCCAGUGCUCCUGGUCCAAGUGGUUCGACGUGGACUUCCCGUCCCCCGGGCCCCACGGAGGAGACUUUGAGACCUACAGCAAUAUCCUCCGAAGCGGAGAAAAGAUCUGCCGGCAACCUGAGUACAUCAGCGACCUGCAGUGCCGAGCCCAGAACCACCCCGAGGUCAGCAUCCAGAAGCUGGGCCAGGUGGUGGAGUGCAGGCCGGAGGUGGGCCUGGUGUGCAGGAACCAGGACCGGGGCAAGUUCAGGAUCUGCCUCAACUAUGAGGUGCGUGUGCUCUGCUGUGAGCCCAAGAAAGACUGCCCUGUCAGCCCGAUCACACUUCCCACCACCACCAGCGUGAGGGUCACCAGCCCCCCUGAGACCAGCUCCCAUGGGGCCACGAGCAGCACCACCUCUGUGCAGCCAAGCAGCUCCAGCUCGGCUCCAACCACCAGUGCAACCUCUGUGCAGCCAAGCAGCUCCAGCUCAGCUCCAAUAUCCAGCACCACCUCUGUGCAGCCAAGCAGCUCCAGCUCAGCGCCAACCACUAGGGCAACCUCUGUGAGGUCAAGCAGCUCCAGCUCAACGCCAAUACCCAGCACCACCUCUGUGCAGCCAAGCAGCUCAGGCUCUGUUCCAACCACCAGUGCAACCUCUGUGCAGUCAAGCAGCUCCAGCUCAGCUCCAACCACCAGUGCAACCUCUGUGAGGUCAAGCAGCUCCAGCUCAACGCCAAUACCCAGCACCAUCUCUGUCCAGCCAAGCAGCUCCAGCUCUGCUCCAACCACCAGUGCAACCUCUGUGCAGCCAAGCAGCUCAAGCUCACCUCCAAUAUCCAGCACCGUCUCUGUCCAGCCAAGCAGCUCCAGCUCAGUGCCCACCACCAGCACCACCUCUGUGCAGCCAAGCAGCUCCAGCUCGGUGCCAACCACCAGUGCAACCUCUGUGAGGUCAAGCAGCUCCAGCUCAACGCCAAUACCCAGCACCACCUCGGUGCAGCCAAGCAGCUCCAGCUCGGUGCCAACCACCAGUGCAACCUCUGUGCAGACAAGCAGCUCCAGCUCAACGCCAAUACCCAGCACCACCUCUGUGCAACCAAGCAGCUCCAGCUCUGCUCCAACCACCAGUGCAACCUCUGUGCAGCCAAGCAGCUCCAGCUCACCUCCAAUAUCCAGCACCAUCUCUGUCCAGCCAAGCAGCUCCAGCUCAUCACCAACCACCAGUACAACCUCUGUGCAGCCAAGCAGCUCAGGCUCUGCUCCAACCACCAGUGCAACCUCUGUGCAGCCAAGCAGCUCCAGCUCACCUCCAAUAUCCAGCACCAUCUCUGUCCAGCCAAGCAGCUCCAGCUCAGCUCCAACCACCAGUGCAACCUCUGUGCAGUCCAGCAGCUCCAGCUCAGCGCCCACCACCAGUGCAACCUCUGUGCAGCCAAGCAGCUCAGGCUCUGCUCCAACCACCAGUGCAACCUCUGUGCAGUCCAGCAGCUCCAGCUCACCUCCAAUAUCCAGCACCAUCUCUGUGCAGACAAGCAGCUCCAGCUCAGUGCCCAGCACCAGCACCACCUCUGUGCAGCCAAGCAGCUCAGGCUCUGCUCCAACCACCAGUGCAACCUCUGUGCACACAAGCAGCUCCAGCUCAACUCCAAUACCCAGCACCACCUCUGUGCAGCCAAGCAGCUCAGGCUCUGUUCCAACCACCAGUGCAACCUCUGUGCAGUCAAGCAGCUCCAGCUCAGCUCCAACCACCAGUGCAACCUCUGUGAGGUCAAGCAGCUCCAGCUCAACGCCAAUACCCAGCACCAUCUCUGUCCAGCCAAGCAGCUCCAGCUCUGCUCCAACCACCAGUGCAACCUCUGUGCAGCCAAGCAGCUCAAGCUCACCUCCAAUAUCCAGCACCGUCUCUGUCCAGCCAAGCAGCUCCAGCUCAGUGCCCACCACCAGCACCACCUCUGUGCAGCCAAGCAGCUCCAGCUCGGUGCCAACCACCAGUGCAACCUCUGUGAGGUCAAGCAGCUCCAGCUCAACGCCAAUACCCAGCACCACCUCGGUGCAGCCAAGCAGCUCCAGCUCGGUGCCAACCACCAGUGCAACCUCUGUGCAGACAAGCAGCUCCAGCUCAACGCCAAUACCCAGUACCACCUCUGUGCAGCCAAGCAGCUCAGGCUCUGCUCCAACCACCAGUGCAACCUCUGUGCAGCCAAGCAGCUCCAGCUCACCUCCAAUAUCCAGCACCAUCUCUGUCCAGCCAAGCAGCUCCAGCUCAUCACCAACCACCAGUACAACCUCUGUGCAGCCAAGCAGCUCAGGCUCUGCUCCAACCACCAGUGCAACCUCUGUGCACACAAGCAGCUCCAGCUCAGCGCCCACCACCAGUGCAACCUCGACCUCUGUUCCUGGGUCCACCUCUUCCUCACGCAGCCCCACGCCGUGUCAGCCCCAGUGCUCCUGGUCCAAGUGGUUCGACGUGGACUUCCCGUCCCCCGGGCCCCACGGAGGAGACUUUGAGACCUACAGCAAUAUCCUCCGAAGCGGAGAAAAGAUCUGCCGGCAACCUGAGUACAUCAGCGACCUGCAGUGCCGAGCCCAGAACCACCCCGAGGUCAGCAUCCAGAAGCUGGGCCAGGUGGUGGAGUGCAGGCCGGAGGUGGGCCUGGUGUGCAGGAACCAGGACCAGGGGGGCAAGUUCAGGAUCUGCCUCAACUAUGAGGUGCGUGUGCUCUGCUGUGAGCCCAAGAAAGACUGCCCUGUCAGCCCGAUCACACUUCCCACCACCACCAGCGUGAGGGUCACCAGCCCCCCUGAGACCAGCUCCCAUGGGGCCACGAGCAGCACCACCUCUGUGCAGCCAAGCAGCUCCAGCUCGGCUCCAACCACCAGUGCAACCUCUGUGCAGCCAAGCAGCUCCAGCUCAGCGCCAACCACCAGUGCAACCUCUGUGCAGCCAAGCAGCUCAGGCUCUGCUCCAACCACCAGUGCAACCUCUGUGCAGUCCAGCAGCUCCAGCUCACCUCCAAUAUCCAGCACCAUCUCUGUGCAGACAAGCAGCUCCAGCUCAGCUCAAACCACCAGCACCACCUCUGUGCAGCCAAGCAGCUCAGGCUCUGCUCCAACCACCAGUGCAACUUCUGUGCACACAAGCAGCUCCAGCUCAACUCCAAUACCCAGCACCACCUCGGUGCAGCCAAGCAGCUCCAGCUCAGCUCCAACCACCAGUGCAACCUCUGUGCAGUCCAGCAGCUCCAGCUCACCUCCAAUAUCCAGCACCACCUCUGUGCAGCCAAGCAGCUCCAGCUCACCUCCAAUAUCCAGCACCACUUCUGUGCAGCCAAGCAGCUCCAGCUCACCUCCAAUAUCCAGCACCACUUCUGUGCAGCCAAGCAGCUCCAGCUCAGCGCCAACCACCAGUGCAACCUCUGUGCAGUCAAGUAGCUCCAGCUCAGCUCCAAUAUCCAGUACCACCUCUGUGCAGCCAAGCAGCUCAGGCUCUGUUUCAACCACCAGUGCAACCUCUGUGCAGACAAGCAGCUCCAGCUCACCUCCAAUAUCCAGCACCAUCUCUGUCCAGCCAAGCAGCUCCAGCUCAGUGCCCACCACCAGUGCAACCUCUGUGCAGCCAAGCAGCUCCAGCUCUGCUCCAACCACCAGUGCAACCUCUGUGCAGACAAGCAGCUCCAGCUCAACGCCAAUACCCAGCACCACCUCGGUGCAACCAAGCAGCUCCAGCUCAGCUCCAAUAUCCAGCACCAUCUCUGUCCAGCCAAGCAGCUCCAGCUCAUCACCAACCACCAGUACAACCUCUGUGCAGCCAAGCAGCUCAGGCUCUGCUCCAACCACCAGUGCAACCUCUGUGCAGCCAAGCAGCUCCAGCUCACCUCCAAUAUCCAGCACCAUCUCUGUCCAGCCAAGCAGCUCCAGCUCAGUGCCCAGCACCAGUACAACCUCUGUGCAGCCAAGCAGCUCAGGCUCUGCUCCAACCACCAGUGCAACCUCUGUGCACACAAGCAGCUCCAGCUCAACUCCAAUACCCAGCACCACCUCGGUGCAGCCAAGCAGCUCCAGCUCAGCUCCAACCACCAGUGCAACCUCUGUGCAGUCCAGCAGCUCCAGCUCAGCGCCCACCACCAGUGCAACCUCGACCUCUGUUCCUGGGUCCACCUCUUCCUCACGCAGCCCCACGCCGUGUCGGCCCCAGUGCUCCUGGUCCAAGUGGUUCGACGUGGACUUCCCGUCCCCCGGGCCCCACGGAGGAGACUUUGAGACCUACAGCAAUAUCCUCCGAAGCGGAGAAAAGAUCUGCCGGCAACCUGAGUACAUCAGCGACCUGCAGUGCCGAGCCCAGAACCACCCCGAGGUCAGCAUCCAGAAGCUGGGCCAGGUGGUGGAGUGCAGGCCGGAGGUGGGCCUGGUGUGCAGGAACCAGGACCAGGGGGGCAAGUUCAGGAUCUGCCUCAACUAUGAGGUGCGUGUGCUCUGCUGUGAGCCCAAGAAAGACUGCCCUGUCAGCCCGAUCACACUUCCCACCACCACCAGCGUGAGGGUCACCAGCCCCCCUGAGACCAGCUCCCAUGGGGCCACGAGCAGCACCACCUCUGUGCAGCCAAGCAGCUCCAGCUCGGCUCCAACCACCAGUGCAACCUCUGUGCAGCCAAGCAGCUCAGGCUCUGCUCCAACCACCAGUGCAACCUCUGUGCAGUCAAGCAGCUCCAGCUCAGCGCCAACCACCAGUGCAACCUCUGUGCAGCCAAGCAGCUCAGGCUCUGUUCCAACCACCAGUGCAACCUCUGUGCAGCCAAGCCGCUCCCCCUCGUCUCCUUUUACCCCGCCCUUGUCUCCCCAUGAGCCCACGGUUACUCAGUCUCUGGCGACAUCCACCAGCUCCCCAUCACCCUCCAGCCAGACUUGCUAUUGCAGCGUGUCCGACAGGCUGUACCCCGCAGGAUCCAUCAUUUACGAAGAGACCGACCUCUCGGGCCACUGCUACUACGCCGUGUGCAGCCUGGCCUGCCGCGUGGUCAGGCGGACAGACCUGAGUUGUCCCACCAGCAGGCCGCCUCCCGCCUCGUCCACGCCCCGACCCGGGUCCUCCCCCUCCUCCCACGUCCCUCAGCAUGGAUGCCCCAAUGCCGUCCCCCCAAGAAUGAAGGGUGAAACCUGGCCGAUGCCCAACUGCACCGAGGCCUCCUGCGAGGGCAACGGUGUCAUCUCCGUGCGUCCGCGCCACUGCCCGAAGGUGCAGAAGCCAACGUGUGCCAAUGGCUACCCCGCGGUGAAGGUGGCCAAGCGAGGCUGCUGCCAGGACUACCAGUGCCAGUGCGUGUGCAGCGGCUGGGGCGACCCGCACUACAUCACCUUCGACGGCACCUACUACACCUUCCUGGACAACUGCACCUACGUGCUGGUGCAGCAGAUCGUGCCCGUGUACGGGCACUUCCGGGUGCUGGUGGACAACUACUUCUGCGGCGCCGAGGACGGGCUGUCCUGCCCGCAGUCCAUCAUUGUCGAGUACCAGCAGGACCGUGUGGUGCUGACCCGCAGGCCCGUCCGAGGGGUGAUGACCAACCAGAUCAUCUUCAACAACGAGGUGGUGAGCCCCGGCUUCCGGAAAGACGGCAUCGUCGUCUCCCAAGUCGGCAUCAAGAUGUACGUGGCCAUCCCUGAGAUCGGCGUCCAGGUCAUGUUCAGCGGCCUCAUCUUCUCGGUGGAGGUGCCUUUCAGCAAGUUCGCCAACAACACGGAGGGGCAGUGCGGCACCUGCACCAAUGACCAGAAGGACGAGUGUCGCCUGCCUGGGGGCGCCGUGGUGGCUUCCUGCUCUGACAUGUCCAGCCACUGGAAGGUGACCCUCCCUGGCCAGCCACCCUGCCACGCGCCUCCCCCAAGGCCCACUGUGGUGGAGCCCACGACUCCGCCCACCUCGUGCCCACCUUCGCCAAUCUGCCAGCUGAUUCUGAGCGAGGUCUUUGCGCCGUGCCACGCGGAGAUCCCCCCGUGGCCGUUCUUCCAAGGCUGCGUCUUCGACCACUGCCACAUGCCUGACACAGACGUGCUGUGCUCUGGCCUGGAGCUGUACGCCGCGCUCUGUGCCUCCCUGGGCGUGUGCAUCGACUGGAGGGGCCGGACCAACCACACGUGCCCCUUCCCCUGCCCCGCUGACACCGUGUACCAGCCCUGCGGCCCGUCUAACCCCCCCUACUGUUACAUGAACAACAGCGCCAACGCACUGGCCCUUCCGGAGGCCGGUUCCAUCACGGAAGGCUGCUUCUGCCCCCAGGGCACAAUGCGCUUCAGCACGGGCUCCGAGGUCUGCGUGCCGGCCGACUGCUCCUGGUGCCUGGGCCCCCACGGGGAGCCUGUGGAGCCUGGCCACACCGUCAGCUUCGACUGCCAGGAGUGCUCCUGUGAUGGCCACACACGGACAGUGAGCUGCCGGAGCCAGACCUGCCCCCUGCCCCCUGCCUGCCAGGAGCCCGGCCUCGUGCCUGUGCCCGAGGCCCUGCAGAGCGGCCAGUGCUGUCCCCAGUACAGCUGCGCCUGCAACACCACACGCUGCCCAGUGCCCGUGGAAUGUCCUGAGGGCUCCCACCUCGUCCUGACCUAUGAGGAGGGGGCCUGCUGCCCGAGCUACAGCUGCAACUGGACCUCCUGCAGCGUCAACGGUACCCUGUACCAGCCCGGGGCUGUGGUCUCCUCGACCCUGUGUGAAACCUGCCGAUGUGAGGUGCCUGGGGGCCCCGAGUCAGACACGUUCGCGAUCAGCUGUGAGACCCAGAUCUGCAGCACCUACUGCCCCGUGGGCUUCGAGUACCAGGAACGGCAAGGGCAGUGCUGUGGGUUCUGCAAGCAGGUGGCCUGUGUUACAAACACCAGCGACAGCUCCGUCCACCUCUUCUACCCCGGCGAGUCCUGGUCAGACCCAGGGAACCGCUGCGUGACACACGAGUGUGAGAAGCACCAGGAGGGGCUGGUGGUGGUGACCACGAGGAAGGCAUGUCCCCCCCUCACCUGCGCUAAGGACCAGGCUCAGCUGAGCAAGGAUGGCUGCUGCCUGUUCUCCCCGUCGAACCAAAGCAGCUGCGCUGUGUACCACCAGCACCAGGUCCUCCAGCAGCAGAGCUGCCGCUCCGCGGGGCCCGUGCGCCUCACCUACUGCCAGGGCAACUGCGGGGACACCGCCUCCAUGUACUCCCCGGAGGCCAACGCCGUAGAGCACAGGUGCAAGUGCUGCCAGGAGCUGCAGGUGGCCCUGAGAAACGUGACCCUGCACUGCCCCGACGGCUCCAGCCGGGCCUUCAGCUACACCGAGGUAGAGAAGUGUGGCUGCGUGGGCCAGCGGUGCGACUCCCACGGCGACCUCAGCCUCUCAGAGGAGGAGGCGCCCCAGCUCAGCCGGGAUGCGGGGCACGGGCUCUGGAGGACAGGGGCCCCGCAGCCCCGGCCUCUCCAGUAGAGCCGGCGGACGCAGCCCUGCCCUCGGGCCCUCCCUCCUGGACACACUGACGAGAGCGUCUGUGUGGUCUCUGCAAAUCUCAGCUUCCAAGGCCAGUGGCCCCUGAGUCCCCGGUCCAGGUGACUGAAUCUAAGAUGCACUGUCCACCCACCCGGUCCCUCUCCAGGGUCCAGGGGCCCAGCCUGGGCAUCCAGCUCCCUCUUGCCAGGCCUCACCGUCACAGAAGGGUCUGCUCCACCGCGGUCCCGCGGACGUGGCCAUGGACUGCUCGGCCGGCCACCUGGAGGCUGGGCCUCAGGAAAGGGCCUUCGAUUUUGUCAAUAAACUUGGAGCAUUUUGCAGCU